GAUCCUAAAGUGAGAUCACACCACAUUUUUAAAGAACCACCAAUAUCAAAUAUGGAUGGUAGAGUUUUAGUUUCAUGAAGAUGAUGGAACAUCAUAUCACGAGUUACUCCCAUAAGAGUGUAAAAUUGUUCAUUGACUAUACUUUAUGAUAGUGAACUGUUGUCUUUGUUCACUUUUUGUAUAAUACAUUUAUAUGGGUAAUCUUGAGCUAUUUUUUCAACUUCUAAUAAUUCUUCAUUUGAAAUAUAGUAAUGUUGUGUAUAUUCAUUAAGUAUAUUAAAUCUUUAAUUGACAAGUUGGAUUGCUAAUUAAGCACAAGGAUCGUCUUUAUGAGAUAGAAGGUUGACAAUUUAUUCAAUGGAAUAGUUGUCUUAAUCGAGAAGUUCGAGAGUGUAAAAAUAAACAUCAUCAAGUUAAUCUGUACGAGUAACUCUGUAAUUGUAGGUACAAGGAGUCUCUUUAAGACCUCCGAGACAGUGUUCAGGUAUAUAAGAUAGAGCUAACUUUAGUUCCACAUCUGCCUUUAUAUAGACGAACUCUCCUACAGAUUUUGGCACUGAUACGAUACAUAUCAAUUAUUUUAUUGGUUAGCGCUUACGAUGGAC